AUGUCUUCUGCAAUAACAGUAGUUGAUGUUAUAGUUCAUGAUAAUCCAGCAGGUUUCUGUGACGGUUUCAAAUUAGAAGUUAAAUAUGAAUCGGCAGCUUUUCUAGAAGAUGGUUUGGAAUGGGACUUGGUUUAUGUUGGAAGUGCAGAAUCAAAAAAAUAUGAUCAAGUACUUGCCUCGAUUGUAAUUGGGCCUGUCGCUAAGGGCCGUCAUCAAUUCAUGUUGGAGGCAAAUAGUCCAGAUGCAUCUAAAAUACCUAUAUCGGAUAUACUAGAACCAACUAUUUUGCUGCUAAUCGGAAGUUAUCAGAAAGAAGAAUUUAUUCGUAUUUGUUGGAUUGUUGUUAAUGAAUAUAAUGAUGCAAAGCUCAGGGAAGAACCACCUGCUAUUCCUAUUAUUGAAAAAGUUUAUCUUAUUUUGCUUUAA